GGAAGCCGUGGAGGUACUUCUUGCUCGGCGUCCACCGCUUGAGCUUCUAUUUCACCCGCUGCCGCCCAGCUUCAGGGUCAGCCGACGUCAUGGGUUUUGGAGACCUGAAAAGCCCUGCCGGACUCCAGGUGCUCAACGACUACCUGGCGGACAAGAGCUACAUCGAGGGGUAUGUGCCAUCCCAAGCAGACGUGGCAGUGUUUGAAGCAGUCUCCGGCCCACCACCUGCCAACUUAUAUCAUGCCCUGCGUUGGUAUAAUCACAUCAAGUCUUUUGAAAAGGAAAAGGCCAGCCUGCCUGGAGUGAAGAAAGCUUUGGGCAAGUAUGGUCCCGCUAAUGUGGAAGACACCACAGGAAGUGGAGCUACAGAUAAUAAAGACGAUGAUGACAUUGAUCUCUUUGGAUCUGAUGAUGAGGAGGAAAGCGAAGAAGCGAAGAGGCUAAGAGAAGAGCGCCUUGCACAGUAUGAGUCAAAGAAAGCCAAAAAACCUGCACUUGUUGCCAAGUCUUCCAUCUUAUUAGAUGUCAAACCUUGGGAUGACGAGACAGAUAUGGCAAAAUUAGAGGAGUGCGUCAGGAGCAUUCAAGCAGACGGCUUGGUCUGGGGCUCUUCUAAACUAGUUCCUGUGGGGUAUGGAAUUAAAAAACUUCAAAUACAGUGUGUAGUAGAAGACGAUAAAGUUGGAACAGACAUGCUGGAGGAGCAGAUCACUGCUUUUGAGGACUAUGUGCAGUCCAUGGACGUGGCUGCUUUCAACAAGAUCUAAAAUCCAUCACGGAUCAUUACCCUUAAAUAAAAACUUGAACGACAA